AUUUUGCAUGCAACUCCUGCACUUUCAGAUGCAUUUUAUUUAUUUUUAUAUAUUUCAUUUACUUACGUUACUAUUGUUAUUUUGUCUUUAACUGAAUAAAACCCUGCUGUAACACUAUAUUGAAUUUGUCGUUUGUGAUUUUUUUUUUCACAAUGGGCAGGUCUUGAGUGACGUAGCAGCUCCAGCAGCCAAUCACGAGCGUCCACUUGCGGAAAAGCGUGACGGCGUGCAGGACUGUUGCAGCGUUAGUUAAUAAAACAUGCCUGUGUCCCAGCAAGGUCUGCACAGAAGCUGGUAAUGAAUUUGUUGUUAGCAGUUGUAUAAAUCAGUAACUCUGCAGUGAGCAGCUGAGAUGAAGACACUCAUUGUAGGAGUUGGAGGGAUGACCAAUGGAGGAAAAUCGACUCUUUCCAAGAGUCUACAGCAGCAGAUACCAAACAGCUGCAUCAUUGCACAGGACUCAUAUUUUAAGGAUGAUUCAGUUGUACCAGUGGACAGCAACGGCUUCAAGCAAUAUGACAUGCUCAAUGCUCUUCACAUGGACACGAUGAUGACCGAGGUCGACUCGUGGAGAAAAGACCCUGAGUCAUUCCUGAGGCAGCGAGGCCUGAACUCUGAGCGUAAAACACUGUCACUCGAUAAGGACGUGUGUGUGCUGAUAGUGGAAGGCUUCCUCAUUUUCAACUACAGGCCUCUGAAUGAGCUUUUUGACAAAAGGUAUUUCAUGGAAAUACCUUAUGAUGUCUGCAAAAAGAGAAGAAGUUCGAGGACGUACGAGCCUCCUGAUCCUCCAGGUUACUUUGAUGGACACGUGUGGCCGAUGUAUCUACAAAAUCGCCAAGAGAUGGAGGACAUCACGUCGGACAUUGUAUUUCUUGAUGGUCUGAAGCCAAGAGAAGAGCUGCUGGCUGCUGUGUAUAGAGAUGUAAUUUAUGAAAUAGAAAGACUCAGGGAAAAAGACUGAAAUCGGAGUCUGAUUUGUUUUCCGAUUGAAGAUGGAGGGAGCUGCUCCCAUGGAUGCUAGAAAAACUCUUCUUAUGGACUAAUAGGUGACUGAAAGGACCAAAUUAGACUUUUCUUCUGUGCUAUGUGGAUAUUUUUCAUUUAGAGUUUGAAUGAUAACUAAUUGGUGCUGUAGCAUCAGAGGUUGUCCAGCUGGAAACUGGACCUGAACCUGGUGUGUUUGCUUUUAAUGAGGAGUAUUUUAAAGGUAGAAAAGUCUCUGGGAAAAUUAAAUGUAUUAAGGUUUGUCACUAUGUGAGGUUGAUUUUAGGACUUAGUUAACUUGUGCAAUAGUCUGGCUGUCUUCUAUCUAACCAUGAUAUAAUUUUUACAUACAUGUAUGACCUUAACUUGUGAAGAAGCUUUGGUUAACCAAAGAUUGUAUACAUAUUUACUGAGGAUCACAUUAAUGGAUUUCCUCACUCAUAUCUGGAUGUUACAAAUAUUAUACUAUGGUUAUUGCUUCCUGUCAUUAGAUGAGCUUUUUGUGUUUUUAUGAUACCAUGAUUUUAUGAUGCAUUAAUGGCUUUGCUCAGUGUGUGUCCUUACCCAUAUGGAUGGAAGGAGGAAAACCACCUAAAAUGAUGAAGGUCUUUCCAGAAAGAAAAUCCACUUAAGUUUCUUGUUAAAGUUUCAGAAAACCAGGAGGUGAUACAAAAACAGAGCCGUGGGCUUUGAAGUCAGUAGAAAAUUUCUAUGUCUGCUCUGUUUUUUAGUCUGUUGUCUGUCAACACUUUGUCUUUUUUUGUGCAUUCUGAUUUUAUUGUUGUAACUAUGUUUUAACACUGGUAAGCGUCUAGUAUGCGUACAAUGCGGAUGAGAAAUGGAACUGAAGAAACCUCAACAACUAAGCGGUUAGAAAGGUCAUGAGGCCAAACUUAGGCUCAGGUAUUUGCAGCAUUUUGAUAAAAACUAAAACUGGGCAGCAUGUGGACACAAAAUGUGGUCAAAAAAUGUCUAAUAAUGCAUCUCUUCUGCUAAUACUGAACUUUGAGGGUACAAAUUCCCGUCAGUCUUCUAGUUGUCCACCCAGUGAUUGAUUUGGUGGACAACAGGGACUGCAAUCCUUUCUGCUCAUUAAGUUGGUCCCUUUGAGCUUUAAUUGGAAUUAGAAGCAUAAUUUUUACACCUUUCCUAUUCCUGUCACCAAGCCUCAUUUGUUGUUGAAUUAACUUGUGUUUGACUCCUUUAGACUGAACCUAUUCUUGAAUUCUUUUAUUUAUCAAAAAAACUUACUGUCUUUCUUUACUAAAGAGCCUCAAGAAUGCUACCUGGCACUAUUCAAACUCUUGUACAGCCAAUAAGACACUAAUUUUACAACCACAAUGUGCUUUUGACAAAAUAAUCCUAACUCAAGGACUUGUGUCUUCAUCAGUGGAUAAAAUUUGCUCUGUUGUUUUAAGACAUCUGUUUCCACCUGUUACGCAAUCUGUGUGGAAACUUGGUUUCACCACUUUUUAAAAGAAAAUAUUGCAUCAGUGAGAUGUAAUUUGGGUCAUUUAUAAAUAUGUGCACAUGAUUUAUCCAUGAAUAAACACAUUUUCAAAAA